UGUUGUUGUUAGCUACGAUACUUGGCAGCAACGUAAACUAGGAAAGCCGUCCCUCUCUCUCUCUCCGUCGUAAGCCAAGAACAGGCGUCAUGCUCGCCAGCAUCCUCGUGGUGCCGCAGCGACUCCAGCAGCAACCGCAUCCUCGACGGCUGCUCCUCGCUCUGCUCAUCGCCUCUCAACUCCAUCUACUGCCCCGAGGGGUCUCGGCUCUCGCGCCCAACAGGUACGUACCGAAAUGGAAGAAGCAGGCGUGCGAGGUACCAGCGACGCAGCAUCCGAAUUCGCACUACGUCUGCGACGAAGCCGGCGAACUCAAGUGUAUACCAGGCUGGACGGGCGACCUGUGUGACGUGCCAAUUUGUCGCAAAGGCUGCGACCCUCUUCAAGGCUACUGUCGCAGACCCGGCGAAUGUCGCUGCAAACUCGGCUUCUACGGCGACUUAUGCGACAAAUGCGUCGCUCUACCCGGCUGUCAGCAUGGCAGGUGUAACGUGAGCUUCGAGUGCGCCUGCGAUCCCGGCUGGAAGGGCUUGUUCUGCAACGAGCCGGUCUGUCACUCCGAUUGCAACCCGAGCCAGGGCUAUUGUGAAAAGCCCGGCGAAUGCAGGUGUCGACUUGGAUGGCAAGGCGCGAUGUGCAAACAGUGCUCGGUGCUGCCGGGCUGCGUGCACGGUAGCUGCCAAGGACCGCUCGAGUGCCGCUGCGAUCCUGGAUGGACUGGAUUUUUGUGCUCGACGCCUAUUUGCUCGGCUGGCUGCAGUCGCGAGCACGGCGGCUGUCGGCGGCCAAAUACCUGUCGCUGUCGAGUCGGCUACACCGGACCAAAUUGCACCGAGUGCGUGCCGUAUCCGGGCUGUCAGCACGGCAGCUGCAGGAAGCCCUGGGAGUGCCGCUGCGACGCGGGCUGGACCGGCGACCUCUGCGAAGUCAAGCUCACCUACUGCGACGAUCAUCCGGACACUUGCCGCAAUAAUGCCACUUGCGUCAGUGUGACGCCCGAAUUCGGCAAUUACAGAUGCUUAUGUCCUCUUGGCUUUUACGGCCGUCAGUGUGAAAAAGAAACCGAGAUUCCGGCAAUGGAUCUCAUGCCACCUAAGCCAGUGAUUCCGUUAUUGGACGAGACGACGACGAUGACGACAACAACAACAACAACAUCAAUUGAGACAAACAGUGUCAAUAAUGAGACGACUGCUGCACCGAUUUCAACCACCGAGAUAACGGCCGAACCAUUGGAGCACAUCUUCAUCACAGAUCCGCCGGUGGAACCACCGCAAACCGCCGGCAAGUGGCCGCCUGAACCGGUGACUGACUCACCACUCAAUCAGAGCGACGCUGAUAACGAAACUUGAAGUUUUGCGAUUACUUCUGUAAAAUCGGCAUUGUAACUCGUAGCAUAUUU